AUGGUGUCCUCAACGCGGGCGUACAACUGGUACAUCUCCAUCAUUGCGGCGAUGUGCAUGGUGCUUUACGGAUACGAUGCGUCGACAUAUAACUCGGUUCAAGGCUCAGACAACUGGCUGGCAUGGUUUGGGUUGACAAUCGACAGCGUAUAUAUACUUGGUCUCAUCAACACCAUCUACUCCAUUGGCGCCAUCAUAUCUGGCUGGUUUGUUGGCGGCCCCGUCGCUGAUUUUGGUGGACGUCGCCUGGGCAUGGGCCUGGGUUGUUUUUUCACUAUCUUCGCCACUAUGAUGCAGACCUUUGCGCCUAAGGGCAACCUCGCCUGCUUCAUGGCCGGUCGCUUCUUUGUCGGGUUUGGACAAGGCAUGGCUUUGACUGCCGGCCCUGUCUACAUUGGCGAGAUGGCACCGCCCGAGAUCCGUGGAUUCAUCAUGGCUUUCUGGCAGACCUUCUACUCUGUCGGUUCUUUCAUUGCCUACUGGAUCAACUAUGCCUGCAGCCUGCACAAGGCGAAGCUGGGAGAGUGGGACUGGAAGAUGGUUGUCAUCUUCCAGAUCCUCGUUCCCCUCAUCAUCAUUGUCCUGCUCCCCUUCAUGCCCGAGACGCCUCGGUGGUACAUCCAGAAGAAGGGCAACCUCGAGGCCGCGCGCAAGUCCCUCCAGCGCAUCCGUGAGACAGAGGCCGAGAUCGAGGAGGAGAUUACUGUCAUCCGCGAGGCUCUCGAGUACGAGAAGGAGGCCAUCAGCUCCAGCUAUUCCGCGCUGUUCAAGGAUCCUUCGGUCCGCAAGCGGCUCUACCUUGCCUUUGUCCUCAACAUCGGCCAGCAGCUCACCGGCCAGGGCUCGCUGAACUCGUUCUCGACCGAGAUCUACAAGAAGGUCUGGACCUCGAGCUCCACUAUCAACCUGAUCAACGCCCUCAACGCCACCUUUGGCAUCCUCUUCACCCUGAACGCCACCUGGACCGUCGACCGCUUUGGGCGCCGCUGGAUGUUCAUCGUGGGCGCCCUGGGCAUGGCCACCUGCAUGCUGAUCGUUGCCGUCGUCGGCCUUGCCACUCCCGGCACCACACAAAAGUCCGAGCCCGUGGGCAUCGCCAUCGUCUUCCUCCUCUUCCUCUUCAUCUUCUUCUACAAGCCUACCUGGGGCGCCACGACCUGGAUCUGGACCUCGGAGGUCUUCAGCAUGAACGUGCGCGCGCAGGCCGUGGGCAUGUGCUCGCAGACGCAGAACGUCGCCCAGGCCAUCUUCAACCAGUUCUUCCCGCUGUUCCUCAAGAACACGGGCUUCAAGUGCUUCUUCUUCUUCAUGGCCGUCAAUAUCCUCCUUGCCAUCUUUGUCUACUUCCUCAUCCCCGAGACCAAGCAGGUGCCACUUGAGGAGAUCGAUGUGCUCUUUGGUGGUGCCAACCACGUCGACAAGGGCGCCCAGAUGCUGGGUAUCCCCGAGGCCCAGAGCGGUGCCCACCACGUCGCCGAGAAGGACGGCCGCGCCCACGUUAGGGAGGAGGAGAACAUUACUCCUGCCGCAUAG